AAAUAAAACUUCAGUCCAUUAUUAUCGAUCGCGCCCGUUUACUUAAAAAUACGGAAGGGGGAUGGGUAGCCGGUCGAGGAGCGCGGGAUCUUCAGUACGUGUUUUAAAGGCAUUUGUUCCGUUGGAAUGGAUCUCGCCACUCGGGGAACGACACUUGUCCUCCCCUCCCUUGUCUCGAGUGGCUCUAUUCGGUUGCAGCUGUAAUGCUAGGCGCGCUCUGUCCGUCUUCUUUUCUGUUUCGCAGGCGAUUAACUUCGACUCGCCGAGGGGCGGGAUCAGCUUGGUCACGGAGAAGGGACCCGUGACUUCCAGCCGUUUGCUGAUCCAGAAGGCGAUCGAGAGAGACGCCGGCUUGUACACGUGCUCACCGAGCAACACCCACCCGAGCAGUGUGCACGUCCAUAUCGUAAAUGAGCAUCCAGCGGCGAUGCAUCACGGAAGCGGCGACAGAAUGGCUGCGACCCUACUUACCCUCAUCCUACUUCUUUUCAUGAUCAUUUAGCCAGCGUUCGGUUUCCACGGAUAGUGAUUUUAACCGCGCGCUGAAUUUCUGACUCCUCCGCUCUGAAAUUGAAUCAAUUUCUCUCGAUUAAUUCUACGCUCACGUCUGUCGUAUAUUAUUAUAUAUAACCUUAAAAAGAGGAAAAGAAUUUCUGACCUCUUUUUCACCUAGGAAAAAUACAAUUCGACGAAAUUUGACUUUGAUGAGAGUCAGAAAUAGAUUUUAUGGCUUGUAAAAUAAAAAUACGGAAGUGAAAUUUUUCAAAUAAAAAUUAAUCAAUUGUUCAUCGUACGCAGUCAAAGAAUUAAGAAAGAUUCGAACGAUCGGUGAAAAUUUAAAAUUUGACUUUCUUCCGAAAACCAAUUUUUUAAACGGAAAAAAAUAUAUUCUGCAUUUUUUGCUUAUAUUCACAAUCAGAAUAAUCUUCCAUCGGAGAAUUGAUUGAUUUCACUUUUGAAAAAUGUUCAAACUCGAAAACCGCGAAAGCCUUCGAAUCGAAUUUCCUUAUUCCUGAUUCUCGCCUUAAAUCUCUAAGUUAUAAAAAUUCCUCCCCCCCAUAGAUCCCAUCUCGAAGAAACAGAAUCGCCAUGAAUCACGGACAAUAUACACACACGCACGCACACGUAUGUGUAAUUUCACGAUCGUAUCGUGAAAAGUAACCGAUGGAACGACUGGUAUCGACACUGGAUUUAAUUAAAUAAAAACACGUUGGAAACACGUUGUCCCGUUGUGGCGUUCCAAUAACAAACUCGCGCUUCUUCUUUUCACGUCAUCGAAAAGUUUCGCCCAUUCUAUACGUUUUAUCUCGAAGAGGAUAAGCGUCGAAGCGACUCGCGCCUCCCCGGCCAAACUUGUUACAUUUCUGUUCCUGUCAUCGGGAAAUAGAAUCAACGCCAGCCAGAACGAUGUAGAACGAGCGUAGAAUCUUCCCUGCGUCCCUUGCGGGGCUGUCUAAUGGAUUUACGAGAGAGGGGACGAAAUCCACAAUGUGAACGUGGAAUAUUAAUUCCACGGUGUGCGAUUCCGAAGGAUUGGAAAUUAAUUUGGAAUACGUCGCAUAUCAGAUAGAUUUGCAAAAAUUUUCCUGUACAUUAAUGAUUA